AUGGGUUGCGGAGGAUCAAAAGAGGAAUCGAACUCGUUUUCAGUGACAUCAAGUUCAUCACGCGGAGAAGCUCAUCCAGAAUAUGACAUGCUAUUGAAGAUCCUGGUCAUCGGAGACUCUGGCGUUGGCAAGUCAUGUAUGCUAUUGAGAUUCGCUGACAACAGGUUCACUGAUAGCUAUAUAAGUACGAUUGGUGUAGAUUUUUGUAUAAGAACAAUCGAGUUGGAUGGAAAGAAGAUUAAACUACAGAUUUGGGACACUGCCGGCCAGGAGCGAUUCAAGACCAUCACAACCAGCUAUUAUAGAGGAGCACAUGGAUUGAUCAUUGUGUACGAUAUCACCUCGAUGGACUCUUUCAACAGUAUAAAGAGAUGGUUGAUUGACGUCGACCGCUUUGCCAGUCCCUCUGUGCUCAAGCUCAUCGUUGGAAACAAGUGCGAUCUUAACAACAAGAGAGCUGUAGACUUCAAGGUUGCCAAGAAAUUCUCUGAUGAAUAUAACAUACCUAUUUUGGAGACUAGUGCUAAGGACUCGACAGGCAUUGAUGAUGCCUUCACACGUCUAGCAGCAGACAUCAAGAAGAGCAAUCCAGUUAACAAGUAG